AUGUCAUAUAUAAGUCACGUCCCACUCACGUCCCACAGAGGAAACAUUUACCUUUCCCAUUUCGAAAAUGUUAAAUUUGGAGUGUUUGGUAUAUGUGAUAUGCAAACUGGGAAGUGUAGCACACCCAAGAUAGGAUACCCUUCAUCGAAUAGCUCGUUUUACAACUUGGGGAGCGAUGUCAGUACAAGUUAUAGUGGAGUCGUUCUCCCGUCAUACGUGAGGUACACAAUUUCAAAGUUAUUGGUGGUUCAUGUUGUUGCAUUUUGCUUUUCCAGCUUGUUAUUAAUAGUCAUAUUUAUGCUAUAUGCUUUGGAAAGCAUGGAUAGGAUGAAGGACCGUAUCGAACUGCGGAAACGGCGAGAUGAGAUGGACCACUUAAGAAAUGAAAGACGAGAAGAAGAGCAUGAAGAUGAUGCCAAUAUGGACACUGGUGAUCUACGUAAAGAGAAAAGAGACUUGAGUCCGUACUUGAAUAUAAUGUUAAUUCUAACUAUAUUUUCGGUUCUAACGACAUUACUAGCCUUUUUAGCUGAUAUUUUAUUGUUCACUCCUAGGUUGAGUUACUUGGGGUGGGUGCAAUUAUUGCCAAUCGUUUCGAUGGCACUAAUCACAUCUAUGUUGUGCUUUAUCAAAAGGUCGAUAUCGAGCAGGAGGUUUUUCGAAAACUACGACCACCCAUAUGCUAAUGCCGAUAUGAAGAUAUUGCGGAACAGAGCUAUGGAACAAUCUUGGAAUGACAGCUCAAGUGACGAUGGAUUUGUUGUGUACACUGAUGGUUUCUAUACCAGAAAUGAAGGUGACGGCGAUGAAACCAGAGUCAAUAUCCACUCUACUAGUUCUUUAAGAAGUGUCGUACGACACAAUCAUCAAAGCGAUGAGUUUUCAGUAAACUCUAGCAGGGAAUCUAUUGAACUUGACAACCUACGGUUGGCCUAA